CCCUCUGAACUGACGAAUUUUUUGAAUUUCGUUCUUUCCGGGUCGCCAGAGCCCGAGUGUGAGAAGACAACUCGCAUCGUUAGUUCUAUUUGUCAGGACAUCUGUCGCGCAACGACUAACGGCGAAUGGAAGUUACCGAAGCACAUCCUGCUUUGUACUACCAUACGGCAACUCUAUCGAAGUAAACAGCUAACCACCAUUAUCAGCAGAUUAGGCCACUGCGAGACUUAUGACUUCGGGCUCGAACUGGAAACUGUAGUAGCGAAGGCUCUAGAUGAGGUUUCAACAUUUCUAAGUCCACAGAUUGUCACAGGAGAGGCAAAUGGCGUGUUCCAUCUCGAGUGGGAUAAUAUGAAUAAGAUCACGACUAAUAUCCACGGCUCAAACGUCGUGAAUAGCACUGCGGGCAUUAUGGUGCAAGAAGCAAACCCAGAGCUUGACAGCGAAAGUCGAGGGCGAACCCUAACCUCUUUACAAGAGGGAUACUAGUCGAUCAAUGCACGUAGAUACCCCGGAGACCCUGGCACCAUUCCAUAUCUACAACCGCGUAGGCGCCAAGCUUCCCAGCGGUGCUGUAUUCACCUCGCCGGCUAGAAAUGCAGUAGUGUACCAGCAGUCAUUAAGGGAGUAUGAAGUGUGGAUUCUCGCCAGAAUCAUAGGAAGCAAGGGAACGAAGCAGCUUGUCUCGGCAUUUGGAGGUCUUGUAUCUGCUACAGGCUCCAAACCAGCAAGGAAAUCCACAGUGGAGUACCUUACUCCGAUCCACCAGCCCUUUACAGAGUAUGCAGUUAUCAAAGAGCUUUUACAACGUUCAGAAGAUGCAACAAAAGAAGUAGGCCAGUUAUAUGUGCUCACUACUUUUGACCUUGGCGGAUGCAUGAAGGCCCUUCCGCUUAUCUGGAGGUACCCAGAACGGUAUAAGUACCACAUCUUCCUCACCGGCUCGUUCCACACUGGCAUGAACCACCUUGGCAUGUUAACUGGGAACAAAUGCAGGGGCUCGGGGUACAAAGAAAUCCUCAUAGAAGCCGGACUUGUGACAACGGGAUUUUAGCGAGUGUUCUGAGGGAAAAGGCUUAUGCGAAAGCUCUGUUUUGCAUAAAAACUGUCAGUGAAGCAAUGGAAAGAUUGAUGUUUGAGAAAUUCAUCGAAGACGAGG